AUGAGCGAAAUACUAACCGGUUUAGCUGUUGAUUCCUAUGAUUCUGACCAUCUCGCGAAGAAAAUCCCCUGGGCCAUCUUCACUGUAUGGAUCAUCGCGCUGCUCCUAUGUAUAUUCCUGGUAAACCUCCGGCGGAGGAGACGUGGACUACAGCCCAUUAUGGGUACUGCGUGGUUGGCGCCGCCCAGUUACGGGCAGUCCCAACGCCAAUACAAUAUGCCACCGGUUGAUCCUGCAGCGGUUCCUGUGCCCGAAUACACCACGCACCCGAAUGCAAAUAUUGAUCUUGGCUACUAUGAUAACGAAGGAAAGUUCCACCCCGCAGAUAGUUCGCUUCCGAAGCCACCACCUGCGGCGACGGCCAAUACGGUGCCAAGUAGCUACACCAGCGCACCUGUAAGAGAGCAGUUUGAUGCGGAAUACGAGCGUCCAGCAGGCGCUCCUCCAGGAGCCCAGGUACGGCAAACUUCGUCCUCACGUGGGCAUGCGAUGCCCGGCGUGACUGAUUCCGGUGCCCACUACUAUGCACCAUAG